AUGGCGGUUCUUUUUCUACGCCAGCUCCUCACUCGAAGGGCGUGUGCGAAUCAACUGUUGCUUAUUCUAGACAGCGAGCUGCUCUUUUCUCCGAUGAAAAAGGAAAGAGAGGAUGUUUUAGAUAUUGGGGCUAUCUUUCAGAUCAUGGUGGGCGCCGUUUUUGAUGCAGUUUGUUCUCAGCGUCAGGCUUUACACGAUCAUGUUUCCUUUUUGAGGGAGGUGUGGAGUUGCCUCGUGAUCGCUACCCAGCCGCCUGAGUUUUCGAAUUUGCCAGAUUUAGUGGCACUCGUCGGGCGUCAUGUCGUUGAGCAGUGGUCCGUCUCCGUGAAUGAGAUUUUUCCCAUCCUUCGUGAAGCGUUUUCGAAAAGAAAUCAGACUUACACUGAUACGAUGCCUCUAAAGACAAGGGAUGCCGCGUUAGAAGUAAUAUUUUACAAAUUUCCAGCCACUAUAGCCGAAUCCUUGCGUUUUUCCGGUGUAUUUUUUGUGCUUGACAAGAUUGAAGUACUAGGAGGGAAUUUAAAUCCGGCGAGUGUGGAGAGACCGCUUGGGGAUUUAACGGCUAUUCUCUCUGCGUUAUGGAGAGAUCACCACAAUCAUGUUCUGCUCGUCUGGCCGUCUACUUACGAUUUUUCGAAUUUUCCUUUUUCGUCCAUGACAGAGCAUGUCGAUACGGUCGGUUUGCUUUCAAAAUUGCAGCUUGAACGCGAAGAUAAAAUUUGUCUUCCACAGUAUAUACGAUGUUCGGAAAAGCAAUUUCCACUUGAGAUAUUUAUGGGUUGCCCUGGAUACCUUGCUUUGGUGCUUUCUCUUGUGCAGACGUUAGAGCCUUCGUCCUUCUCGACGAAUUUUUUAUCUUCUGAGGAAGGUUUAGGGAACAAUAAAGAACUAAGACGGCCCUAUGGAAUCUGUAUUAAAGAGGAAGAAGUAGAAAAGCUUCUCAGUCUGAUGAGUCAGUUUUGUUCUGCCUUAAAGAGGUUUCUCUCUUGA